GGAACUUUGUACCUCCUCUCUUAUAUCUUCACGUGUUUCCACAAACUCCCAGUGUUAAUUACCAGCUAAGUGGUCUCGAAAAACGGAGAUUUUCUUAUAAGAUCGUUCUCCACUACUGAUUUUCCAUUUAUUUCAAUUGAAUUAUAAGUGUGUCCAAGGAAUAAUAAUGUACGCGUCUCGGAAUAGUAAUUAACAUUUCACUAAUAAAUGUCUCAUCAUCACUGGGGCCUGCAUUCCACGUGGGAUAGAUAUAUGUUAUGUCCUCCGUGGAGAAUACCAUGAGCAGUGACGAUUUCAUUAGCGAAAUUAUGAUGAUAUUAGCAGAUAACUUAUAAUUGUUAUCGAUCCUUGCUAACCUUUCGGGGAAUUCGCGGUCGCAGAACUAUAAAAGUCAAGAAGCCGGAACUUGGAUAUUUGUGUGUGAAGGGCUGUGUUGCAGUGAACAGUGCAUCCGUGAUUGAUUUGAAUUCCUACUAAAAGUGAUCAACAUGUCAACAUUCAAGGGAAACCGUGACGUCAUUAUCAUUCUUGGGUUCAUUUUCUACCUUUUCACGUCGAUCUCCAGUGCACCUACAACUGUUCCAUCGACAGUAACGGAUGACUCAUCUUCUCAGGAGUCGCAAGAAACGGAUUCAUCACGUUCUGCCCGAGAUUUGAAUGCAGAAAUGACCGUCCCUGCUCCGACGACGUCAAGUAUUGUCCUGAAGCCUAAUGUCACAGGUGCCCUUGACGUUGGUCAAGGGCUUUUGGUUCCUCUUGUCCCCGUUGUCGACGGAAAAGCAGACAGUCAAACAACGCAAGUCACUCCACUGGUGGCAAAUCUUCUACCAGUUGCACUAGAAUCAGUGCCAGAAGCACCAGACGAGCCUAAGCCGGAGAUACGCCGAUCCCUGGAGGACAUGGAUGUUGCUGAAGACAUUGUCUUCAGACCAUUAUUCAGAUAUCGUCAAGAGGCACGAGAAAAAUACGCUAGAAAUAGAUAUUACCGACCUUACAUAUAUGCAUACCGGAAUAAUCCCAGAAACGAUUAUGACAUGUAAAUUUGGAGUUUUGUCAUAAAAAUUUUUCAUUCGAUAA